AUGCCUUUCAUGAAAGGAAACAUGCCGAUUCGGCGAACAUUUUACUACCUGCAACAGGUAUGGAUUUAAAACUACUGUUUUAUACGGACAUUUGGUGAUGUUUAAUUGUUUUUUAAAAUUGUUUUAAACUAUGGCUUAAAAAUGACAUUAUAGGGAAAAGUGAUACUUCGAGACGAUGUUGAUGUUAUGUAUUUUGGAAUUCACAGAAGGCCGACAUCUGAACAACAAGGAGCCAAAGACUUUGUGUUCUGGCAUUUUGCUCAGUUACAGUACAAGAAUCCGCAGAUUCAGCUGAUCAAGAAGAUGGAUGUCAGUAUCACACCAUUUGCACAAGCUUUUCUCCGUACGUUUAAAGUUUAAACCACAGCAUUAGUUCAGAUUAAUAAGUUCGAAUUAAAUUCUCAUGUACAGAUCUUUAGGUGAUGGCAGAGAAGUAAUGUUCGAUUUGGAAUCCAAGAAUAAAGACGAGAUCACCAACAUGAUCCAAGGGACGUUGGGUAAGACAGAACUGGUGAAGAGAAGAGAGUUCCUCGAGAGAAUGCAAGAUCACAAUCCUGCUGAGUUCGGGAGCAAAUGUUCACGACAAUGUAUGUGCGAGGUUCAAGGUCAGAUAUGUUGUACUAGUCUUCUGCCAGCUUCAGAAGUUAUGCAAGGAAAGUGGAGGUGGAACCACAAGUUAAUUUGA